ACUAUGUGCUCAAUCUGUUAUGGAUCUCGGUGAAUCUAAUGUGCGUGGCCCUCAUGGGCGUACACUUGCGCAAACUGUACAAGGACAUUGUCAAAAGUAACCUGGAGGCGAUCCGGGUGUCCAGUUUGGUCACCGCUAUGAUGACUGUCCAGACCGGCGACCGGGAACAGGAGGAACAGCGGAAUUUUUACUCAUAUGUUCAGCGCCUGGAGCACGAAGGUGUUAGCAGGGUGAAAAUGUUCGUGGUCAUUCUGGUGGCGUAUCUACUGUUUUGGGGUCCUCUCUACACGAUAACACUGGCCCAACCAGGUCUGGAGACAUCGUUAACCUACGAGAUCAGUCUACACGUGGCGCUAACCCAUUGUUUUGUAAAUCCCAUACUGUUUAUGGUGUACAGUCGCGGCCACACCGAUCCGGACGACCCUCGCUAUCAGCGUAACAACGGGUGCUGUUGUCGGCGCUGUCUGUCCGCCAUAUGCUGCUGCUGUUGUCGACUGUUGGGCUGUGCGGACACCGACUCGUCUACCACCAGCGGCACCGACCGCCGGACACCAUCGCCGUCACCGCCCUCUUUCAUUGGUCACAAUAACAUCGCCAGUCCGUCGCCGUCUUCGGCCAUCGGUGGUCAUCAUCGCCAGCGGCCGUCAGCACCGCCGCCGCCACCGAUGCAAAUGAUGCCAUUUUAUAGCACCGGUAAUCAUGUCGGCGGUGGCGGCGACGGUCACGGCAGACCU